AUAACUUUGGUGAGAAUUUGCGAAGCGGCUGGGAAAGUUGGGAACUCCCCUGCAGGCGUCUAGGAGCUUCUGCUACCGCAUCUUCUCCAUCCCACGGAUUUUACUGCCUUGGAUAUUGCGAGGGGAGGGAGGGGGGAGAAGGACAGCGAGAGAAGGGGGGAAGAGGAAGAGAAGGAGCCUCAUAAUUUCGCCUGCAUUCCUCCGGCUGCCCCGCGGCCCCGCUCCGCCCUGCACCAUGCACUUGUUGGAGGUGCUCUCCCUGGGCUGCUGUCUCGCUGCCGGCGCCGUGCUCCUGGGACCCCGGCAGCCGGCCGCCGCCGCCGCCUACGAAUCCGGCCAGGGGUACUAUGAGGAGGAGCCCGACGCGGGAGAGCCAAAGGCUCAUGCAAGCAAAGACCUGGAAGAGCAGUUGCGGUCUGUGUCCAGUGUGGAUGAACUCAUGACAGUACUUUACCCAGAAUACUGGAAAAUGUUCAAAUGUCAGUUGAGGAAAGGAGGUUGGCAACACAACAGGGAACACUCCAGCUUUGACACAAGAUCAGAUGAUUCCCUGAAAUUUGCCGCAGCACACUAUAAUGCAGAGAUCCUGAAAAGUAUUGAUACUGAAUGGAGAAAAACUCAGUGCAUGCCACGUGAAGUGUGUGUGGAUGUGGGAAAAGAGUUUGGAGCAACUACAAACACCUUCUUUAAACCCCCAUGUGUAUCCAUCUACAGAUGUGGAGGUUGCUGCAAUAGUGAAGGACUCCAGUGUAUGAACAUCAGCACAAAUUACAUCAGCAAGACAUUGUUUGAGAUCACGGUGCCUCUUUCUCAUGGCCCCAAACCCGUAACCGUGAGUUUUGCCAAUCACACGUCCUGCCGAUGCAUGUCCAAGCUGGAUGUUUACAGACAAGUUCAUUCUAUCAUAAGACGUUCCUUGCCAGCAACACAAACUCAGUGUCAUGUGGCAAACAAAACCUGCCCAAAAAAUCAUAUUUGGAAUAAUCAAAUUUGCAGAUGUUUGUCGCAGCAUGAUUUUGGUUUCUCUUCUCACCUUGGAGAUUCUGAUACAUCUGAAGGAUUCCAUAUUUGUGGACCAAACAAAGAACUGGAUGAAGAAACCUGUCAAUGUGUCUGCAAAGGAGGCAUGAGGCCCUCAAGCUGUGGACCUCACAAAGAAUUAGACAGAUCAUCAUGUCAGUGUAUGUGCAAAAACAAACUUAUCCCCGCUUCCUGUGGGCCCAAUAAGGAAUUUGAUGAAGAAAAGUGCCAGUGUCUAUGUAAAAAGACCUGUCCUAAACAUCAGCCUCUAAAUCCUGCAAAAUGCAUCUGUGAAUGUAUAGAAUCUCCCAAUAAAUGCUUCUUAAAAGGAAAAAGGUUCCACCACCAGACAUGCAGCUGUUACAGACCACCGUGUACAGUCCGAACGAAACGCUGUGAUGCUGGAUUUUACUUUAGUGAAGAAGUGUGCCGUUGUGUACCCACAUAUUGGAAAAGACCACUUAUGAAUUAGUGAAGAGAUCACUACUUGCUAUGUUGGUGUACAUUUUUCCAUUAGAACAAAAGAAGAACAGACACUUUGCUAAUAUUUGGAAUUAAAUGUUCACCAGAGACCCUGUGGGGCUUUCAGAGACAGACUCGUGCUUUUCUCAAGAUGUGGAAAGCAAAUGUAGAAGAUAACUGGGGUUCAUGUUUUGUAAAGAACUCAAUAAGAACUUAUUUUCUGCCAAUGACCAAACAGCCUAGGUUCUCCUUCUUGUGAUUUUUUAAAGAGAUAAUGACUAUAUAAUUUAUUUCCACUAAAACCAUCGUGCAGCAUUUCUGUUUAUAGCAGUAACAAUUGUUAAAGCUCACUGUGAUCAAUAUUUUUAUAUCAUGCAAAGUAUGUUUAAAAUAAAAUGGAAAUUGUAUUAUAUAAUAGUGAGAAUGUUUAAUCAUCUGGCUGAAAAGGAACUCGGAUUCAGCUUUAUUUUCAGGGUUUUUAACAGAGGAAAAGGUGAUUAGGAGAAAGCACUUUUAGGAAAGGAAGACUACAGACAUUGCCUCAUACCUUUUGUGUAUGUGAUUUGAAAUAGAAACAGUUAUACUGGAAUUUUCAUGACCCAGUGAUAUUUCUACCUCUAGAAUGAAACUAGCAAAGCAAAUACAAUUUGCUAAUGAAAACAUUGAGAUCCUGUACAUUGCU